AUGUCAGUGCUGACCAGACAGACUAAAGAAGCCCUGAAGUCCAAGGUCCAGAGGCGCUCAGAACAAUGUGGGUUCCCAUGCCUGAAUGGAGGUCACUGUAUUGACUUGGAGUCAUGUGACUGCAGCACGUUUCAAGCCACUGGACACAGAUGUCAGACAGUUCCUAACACUGGCUUUGAGAGGGAAAUGACCUGCAGGACCUGGGGUCAGUACAACUUUGAAACCUUUGAUGGCCUCUACUACUACUUUCCUGGUGGUUGCUCUUACACUCUCCUGAAAGAAUGUGAAGAACCCGCCCAGCCUGGAAUCAUCAUCCAGGUUCAUAAUGAUCCUGAAUGCCACGAUGCUCCCUACAGCUGUGAGCGCUCAGUCAGCAUCUUUCUCCCGUGGGAGGGUGAAGUCCGGCUAGAAGCCAAUCACGUAUCGUAUAAAGGUCAACGUCUUCAGCUUCCACAUCACAUCCACGACCUGGAGCUGGAGCAGAUCUCCCAGUACGUGCUGGUCACACAGCAUCACGGCUUCACGUUGGCCUGGGAGGGAAGCACAGGCUCUGUUUACAUCCAGCUCAGUCCAGAGUUUGUGGGUCGGACCUGCGGCUUGUGUGGGAACUUCAACGCCGAUGUUCUGGACGAUCUGACGACCAGCUACGGUGUCUUGACUGAGGACGUGGAAAUGUUUGGGAACAGCUGGAUGGAGUCGCAGCCUCAUCAGUUCCAAUGUCCCAUGGUGCCCUCUGGCUUCCCUUCACCAUGCGCCCUGGUGGAUAUUCAAACGUGGAUGAAAGUGGAAGAAGUGUGUGCAGCUUUGCUGGAUCCACCUUUUGAGAGCUGCCACGAUUUCGUCAGUCCACUGUCCUACAUGGCCAGCUGCACCAAUGACCUCUGCAUGUCGGGUCCCGGUGGGGAUGUGGUAUGUCAGGUGUUCAGUGAGUAUGCCAGGGCCUGCGCCCAUGCUGACCACCCCCUUCAUGACUGGAGGAGCCACAUCUCCCAGUGUGGGAAGGAGUGCCCGUCAGGCUUGCAGUACCUGGAAUGCAUCAGUUGCUGCCCGGCUUCCUGCAACAUUGAGCGGACUUGCAUCGACAGCAAGCUGUCCUGUCUGGAUGGAUGUUACUGUUCAGAUGGAUUGAUCUAUAAGGAUGGAAGCUGUGUAACUCCCUCAGACUGUCCAUGUGAACUCCAUGGCCACGUCUACCCUUCUGGUCACACUCUGCUGGAGGAAUGCAACAACUGCACAUGUGUGGGUGGAGUGUGGAACUGCACUGACUACAAUUGCCCAGGCGAGUGCUCUGUGACAGGCGACACAUAUUUUCAAUCCUUCGACGGUCGGAUUUACACGUUUCCUGCAACGUGCCAGUAUGUGCUCGCCAAAAGUCUCAACUCAGGGAAGUUCACCGUCACCAUCCAAAACGCCCCCUGUGGAGCGAAUUUGGAUGGCGCUUGCAUCCAGUCCGUCAACCUGAUUGUUGACGAGGAUCCCAGAACAGAGAUAACCCUCAGUCAUGUUGGAGAAGUCUUCCUGGCUGGGCAGUACAGAAUUUCUCUGCCCUACUCUGACGAAAACGUCCAGAUACAGGAGCUGUCCUCCAUGUUUCUCCAGGUGAAGACAGCCUUUGGGCUGCGUCUGCAGUACAGCUGGACUGAGUUCCGCCUCUACCUGCUGGCCGACCGGCGGUGGAAGGAUGGCACUGUGGGGCUGUGCGGCACCUUCAAUGGCAACAUUCAAGACGACUUCCUGUAAGUGGGUGCCAGGUCUCCCUCCGGUAUGAUUGAAAGCACUCCUCAUCUGUUUGGAAAUGCCUGGAGAGUUCCGUCAGCUUGCUCACCGAGUCUCACCGCCCCUCAGCUGGAUCCCUGUGACACCCAUCAGCAAGCUGUGGCCUAUGCGUCAGAAAUGUGUGACCUGCUGAACCAGGAUCUGUUCUCAGCCUGUCACGAGUACCUCAGUCCCACACCUUUCCACCAACAGUGUCGCUCUGACACGUGCAAGUGUGGUGCCCCAUGUCUCUGUUCGGCGCUGGCCCACUACGCUCGCCGCUGUCGGAAGUUCUCUAUCAUCGUUGACUUUCGGUCCCUCUUGCCCGAUUGUGUGGUCACCUGUCCAGCCACCAUGCAGUACAGCACCUGCGUGUCAUCCUGCCAACGCCGCUGCUCGGCCCUCUCCAUCCCUCAGCACUGCGGCACUGACUGUGAGGAGGGCUGUGCCUGCCCCGAGGGCUCUUUCUUCAACCACCGGACUCACACCUGUGUGCAGCGGAGCGAGUGUCCCUGCAGUUUUCUUGGAACAGAUUAUGAGCCGGGAAAUGUGAUCAUGACAUCAGCAGGUGUUCAGCUUUGUCUGAAUGGAAAACUUGUGCCUCAGUCAGCAGACAACAUGUGUCCAAAAGGUCAAAUCUACCACAACUGCUCUGAGGGUGUUGGUGGCCUCCUCGGACGUGGUGUGGCCUGCGAGCGCACCUGUGAGUCCUUCCUCCUCAACCUCACCUGCUCGGCACAUGAACCCUGCGUGACCGGAUGCACCUGCCCCCCUGGGCUUCUGAAACAUGGAGACGAAUGCUUUGAACCUGAGGCUUGCCCAUGUCUGUGGAAAGGAAAGGAGUAUUACCCUGGUGAUAAAGUCUCAUCGCCCUGUCAUCAGUGUGUUUGCCAGCACGGGACCUUCCAGUGUGCCUUUCAUCCCUGUCCGUCCAUGUGCACCACAUACGGGGACAGACACUACCGCACCUUUGAUGGCCUGCUGUUUGACUAUAUUGGUGCAUGUAAAGUUUAUCUAGUCAAGAGCAACACUGACAGGAUCCUGAGUGUUGCAGCCGAAAACUUUGACUGUUUUGACAACGGACCCGUCUGCAGGAAGUCACUUUUCAUCACUAUUGGAAGGUCCUUCAUUGCCUUUGAUGAUGACUCAGGGAAACCGAAUCCAUCAAGCCUCAUUGACAGAAAGCAGAGGAUGCUGAUCUGGCCAGCUGGAUACUUCACAGUGAUUCACUUCCCAGAUGAGGUCAUCACUGUCCUGUGGGACAGGAAGACCACUAUCCACAUACAGGCGGGACCGCAAUGGCAGGGUAAAUUGAACGGCUUGUGUGGAAACUUUGACCUGAAGACUGUGAAUGAGAUGCGGACACCUGAUAACAUCGACGCCACAACUCCACAGGAAUUUGGAAACAGCUGGACGACAGGGGAAUGUGCGAACAGUCCUGACAUCAGACACCCCUGCAGCCUGAGUCCUCUGCGGGAACCUUUUGCAAAGCGACAGUGUGCCGUGCUGCUGAGUGAAGUCUUCCAAGCCUGCCACCCAAUGGUGGAUGUCACAUGGUUCUACAUGAACUGCCUGGCAGACACGUGUGCGUGCAUCAGAGGAGGUGACUGUGAAUGUUUUUGCACCAGCGUGGCAGCGUACGCCCAACGCUGCUGCCACCAGGGUGUUGCUGUUGACUGGCGCUCGCCAUCGCUCUGUCCUUAUGACUGUGAGUUCUACAACAAAGUUCUUGGUAAAGGGCCCUUCCAGUUGGUCACCUUCAAGGACCGCACCAGGCUACUGGCAGCGAGUGCCUCAAAUGGGUCUGUGUUUGUACAGCGGCGAAACACCACCAAGGUCAUUGCUGCCAGUCUCACACAGUAUAUGAUGACUCCUGGCCUCAGUAAAGCCAGACCCCAUGAUACGUCACGGGUUUCGUUUGAAGCUGCAGACAGACCCAACUUCUUUCUCAUUGCAACGCCCAGUGGUCAGCUGAAGUUGACCAAGUGGAAAGAGAAUGACGCAUUUUGGGAUGCAGCCACUUUUGUGCUCCACCGGGACACCUGGGUGUCGGGCUAUGACUCGCUGGAAUCGCAAGCUAAGCCCGGCUUCUUCCUGCAUGUCGCACUGGCCCGCCCUCAAAUGCUUAAAUACAGACACACUGACAGCUUCCGGAAAGCUAUUCUGUUCAGGCUGACAGGUCCUGGUCCAGAUUCAGCACCAGGUCCUCGGUGUCAGUGGCGAUAUGACUCCUGUGUCAGUCCUUGUUUCAAAACCUGCAGCGACCCAUUUGCAGAAGCAUGUACCAAAAUUCCACAAGUGGAAGGCUGUCUCCCUGUCUGUCCUCCUCAUAUGGUCUUGGACGAGGUCACCCGUCGUUGCGUUUAUGUGGAAGACUGUAUUAAAGUCCCAGUAACUGUGACGCCCAUUACACCAUCCAGUGUUAAGCCGACCUCUGCUGCUACCACAACGGCCUCCACCACCAGUACAAUUGCCUUUACCACUCAUCUGCAGUCCACCACUGUCUCCACUUUUGGUUCAACUUCAGUUUCGACACCUAAACUUGUUGAAACUGAUACUGCAAGACCACACACACAAUCAUUUAAACCUAAAGAUGAUUCUCAUUUACCCACUCUAGGUAGCAUUUCUCCUCCUGAAUUCCCAGAAAAAACAGCUGCCCCACCUUCUCGGGUGGCCCCUACCCUCAGCUCCCAUGUUGUGGAGCAGGCAUCAACUGUCAAAGUUACCGACCUUCCACCCACUCUACCAAAAUCUACCACUUGGACCAGUAGCACCAUGAGUGCUACAAGUCCAUUCCACUCCAGUUUCACCAGGCUAAGCAGCACCCAGUUUCCUUUCUCGUCUCUGUUCUGGCUCGCUUCCUCUGCUAAAGCGAGUGACUCCCUGAGACCAUUCCUCACGACGACAGGCACAAGUCAGCAGACUUUAAGCUCAACACGGCAAACAACAGCCACCUCUGCUCCAGCCACCAUCACAGCUGGACCUACAACACACAGUCAACUGACACACCCAGCUGGGGAGACAACAGAGGCGAAAUCACUCGUGGAGACUCCCAUUGCAACCAUGUCUAAUCCAGCUCCCCCGCUCAUCUCAGCGUCUUCCACAGAUAUAGAGAGGACUGCCUUACCCAGAGAAGGUAUCACUCAGCACAUGGAUGCCAGCGCCACACCUGCAACAGAGCAGAAACCAUCUCCGACAACACUAAUGCUUCCUGAACGACCUAGCACACACUCUGUCCAGAUUUCAUUUCCUGUUCACACAACCACUGUCAUUUCGUCAAAGACUACAGGUGCUGUCAUAUCCACUGAAACUGCAAAGCACAUGACCUCGGCGACUACCCUGUCUCAAAUGUCCAUGACCUCCAGAGAGACUGUGCCACACUCUACUAUGCCUGAAACAAAAACUACAGCCACAGCUACUGUAAGGUCAGCAACUUUAUCUCCAGCCCACGAAGAGUCCACAACAACCCAACCUCCUGAUGCAUCUGAGUUAGAUUGGCAAACCACUACAGAGAAAGUUUCAGAAUCCAUCAUUUCCAAAAUACCCACCGUCACUACAACCACAACGCAACAUGCAGAGCUGAGUGCUUCAGUUCCCCUUGGCUCCACAACAAGUACCUCUGAGAGCCCCUCUCCUGUUGCAGAAAGACCUACGUUGACGUCUGAACUUCCAGCUGUUACAGAGGCCCCUAUUGUGUCAAUGUCUCUUCCAUCAACUACAACACCACUGACAACUAAACCUGACAUCACACUAAUCCCGCAGUCUCCAACAGACAAGCACACUGUCCACCAGGUGUCCACAGAGCAGAUGUCUGAGCCUGUCCGUCCACCACAUCAAACCAUUUCUUCUACACAGGCCUUGAGCUCCUCUGUUAUCACCAGACCAGAACAUACCUCAGCGUAUGGUACAAGUGAGGCCAGCUCCAGCAAAACCACUGAACUCCCUCAAAUUCCUUCAACAACAGAGACGCUUGCCAGUGUAGCAACCCCAGUCUGGCUUCACUCUAGCACUGAAAAAUCAACAACACCUCACAAGGUAUCUGAAUUUGUACCGACUUCCACAACUCUGUCCACACCAAAGGCUCCACCUCUUGAUGCACUGGAUACUCCUCUCACUACUACACCAACAACAGCAUCCCCUGCUAUAAUGUCCACCACUGUAGCUCCAGUCUCAAAGCUGCCAAUAACUGAAGAGUCAUCUCCAGCAAUUGAUAUUGCAGAGUUGGAAACAACUAGACAACCUCCAUACUCGUCCCAGCUCCACUCUACAUCUUCAACAAGUACAACUACUACCCCAGAGAGAGUCACCACACGGCUGGUCUCCAUAGCUGAAAGAUCUACAUCUGCCCCACCUUCAAGCACGGUGUCACAGGUAACCACAGCCAGGACGACACAGCGGUCACCUGUCACAGCCAGAGUAACAGAGAGGUCAACUAUGAGACCAAGGCUAACAACCAAAUCAACAACAUCUUCACCAACAACUUUGCCAUCUACAAGCAGCACCACAGCAGUCACGACUGUACACAAAGCUACGCCUUCAGACAAGGCCACAGUGACCCCUUCAACAUCCCCUGAGUCUGUGCAUGCAGCUACAGCCACUGCUGAACCACGUUUGCCCACGACAACUCGCUUGGCUUUGACAAGUAAAGAGAGAGACACUGCAACAUCAACACCACACGCGGCAGCACUUCCACCUGACCUGCAUGAUACCACCCAAAAGGCAGAACCUUCAACAGUCCAGGCAGCCACCACCCUCAAGGUCACUGGAGACAGACUGGACCACACAAGCCAAAGAACAGUCACAACUCCUCCACCAACUCUUAAUACAACUAGCUCUGCUACAGUGGCUGUAUCUCCAACAAGAACAUGUGUUGCUCCAUAUGCAGAGAUUGUUGACGAGUGCACUAAGUACAUCUGCGUCAACAACCAGCUGGUUCUGUUCAACAAAUCCCAAAGCUGCCCGUUCACCUCUCAGCCCCCAAACUGUGGUCUGCUCGGGUUUGCCGUGCUGGUCAAUGGGGACAAGUGCUGUCCAAAGUGGGACUGUCCAUGUCGCUGCUCUGUGUUUCCGGACUUAAACGUCAUCACUUUUGAUGGGAACAGUGUUGCCAUCUACAAGGCAGCCUCCUACAUAGUGACCCAACUUUUUAAUGAGACCAUCAGUAUCUCAGUCCAGGAGUGUCCGGCUGACUCUGAAGCUCCACUGCUCUUGAACUUCACCAGUUUGUGUCUUGUGGCCCUGAACAUCACACACAAAUCCAACCAGAUCCUCAUCGACAGGUUGCAGAGAAGGCUCUAUGUCAACUCACGCUACGCCAAGCCUAGAUUCAAGAAGUUUGGCUUUGAGAUCUACGACACAGGAAACAUGUACCUGAUCCGCAGCCCAGCAGGCAUCAGCUUGCAAUGGUAUCACACCACCGGCAUGAUGGUGAUUGGAAGUGACAAUUCCAGGAACAAGCUGCCCACCAGAGGCCUCUGUGGUUUCUGUGAUGGAGACUCCACCAAUGACUUGACUCUAGCUGAUGGCUCUGUGGUUGGCAGGAGUGAGGACCCAUCUGGGUUUAUUGACAGUUGGCAGGUUCCAAACACAACCAGCUACAUCAGCCACAGCCGCCGUCGGGAGUUAAACUGCUCUAUCAGCGACUGCUCCGGCUGCCUAGCCAUGUUGGAAAACCCGACCUUUUCUCCAUGUCACACUUAUGUUCCACCAAGUACAUUCUGUGAGAUCUGGGUGCGAGAUGACGAGUACGUCAACAACCAGUGUGUUGCUUUAGCUGCCUACGUGGCCCUGUGCCACAAGUUUAACAUCUGCGUUGAGUGGAGGCGUCCGGAUUUCUGUCCCUUCUCAUGCCCCAACACUUUAAGGUACCAGGCUUGUUUGCCGGGCUGCACCUCUCAGUCCUGUCCCAACCAUGAAUUCGACUCAGACCCGGAACAGUGCUCAGGUCUGACCGAGGGCUGCGUGUGUCCGGAGGGAACGCUCCUGCAUCGGCCCUACUCCGCACUCUGCAUUCCCCUGGACAAGUGCGCUUGUACCGACAGCGCUGGCGUUCCUCAUGCACACGGCGAUGUCUGGAAAGCCUCCAACGAUGCCUGCUGCAUGUACCGCUGUGACAAUGACACGGUGGUCCCGGUGGAGUACAACUGCUCCGAUCUGGUGGUGCCCGUGUGCCACCGAGGCGGAGAGACAGUUGUCAGCCUGGCGGAUGACACGAGCUGCUGUCCCAAGAAAGUUUGUGUGUGUAAUCAGACCCUGUGUGACCUCGUCCCUCCUGACUGCAGUUAUGGAGAGAAGCUGGUGUCCUACUACAGACAGGAGUCUUGCUGUCCAGACUUUGUCUGUGAGUGUGACCCAGAGCUCUGUGAGUCUGCUGUUCCUACGUGUCGGGCUGACCAGACACUGAUCGCCACCAAGGCUGAAGGCAGCUGCUGCAUCGCUCACAUCUGCAUGUGUUCCUCUUGUCUGGAGUCACCCCCUCCUCUCUGCCAGGACGGAGAGGUUCUGACAGUGGAGAGCAAUGCAACUGACCGCUGCUGUCCCAGUUACCAGUGUGUGUGCGAGCCCUACAGGUGUCCUCAACUCACUUGUCCCCUCGGCAUGUCGGUGGUCUCUGCGUCACGACCAGGACGUUGCUGCCCCGAACAAACAUGUGAAUGCUCCUGCGACAAAAUUGCUGCUCCCAAAUGUGACUUGGGAGAGGCUGCGCAGCUGGACCGAGCCUUUUUGUCCGACCCUCAGAACCAGUGCGCUUGCAAAAGAUACAAGUGUGUGAGGGAGGCGGUGUGUGUCUUUGGUGAGCGCGGAGUUCUACGUCCGGGUCAGACUCUGGUGGAGCAUGAGGCCGAUGGCUUGUGCCACACCAGACAGUGCAGCCGCAGCCUGGACCCGUCCACAGGCUUCCACCUGCUGCGCACCAGCAGCACCAACUGUUCUGCUCGCUGCCAGCCAAAUCAGAUCUACAUCCCUCCCAAAGAUCUGUCCACAUGCUGCGGGGUUUGCAAGAACAUCUCGUGCUUCUAUGAGCAUGAGAACGGAACAACUGCUCUCUAUAAGCCUGGAAAAUCUUGGGUGUCCAACUGCAUGAAGUUCGAAUGCUCCGAUACUCUGUCUGGACCCACGCUGGUGUCCUACUCCUUCAGCUGCCCUCCCUUCAAUGAGACGGAGUGCACGAAGAUUGGUGGAACAGUUGUGAGUUACCUGGACGGAUGUUGCAGGACAUGCAAAGAAGACGGGAAGUCGUGUCAGAAAGUGACAGUGAGGAUGACUAUCAGGAAAAACGACUGUCGCAGUAACAGACCGGUUAACAUUGUGUCAUGUGACGGGAAGUGUCCAUCCGCCAGCAUCUACAACUACAACAUCAACACGUAUGCUCGCUUCUGCAAGUGCUGCAGGGAGACGGGACUGCAGAGGCGCUCGGUGCAACUCUACUGCAGCGGCAACGCCACCUGGGUCAGCUACUCCAUCCAAGAGCCCACAGACUGCUCCUGCCAGUGGUCCUAGUCCUGUGCCACAGUUCUGGGGUCUGCUGAACCUGCUGAUAUCAAAACAAAAUACCUCAGCCAUUUUGUUUCAGGAUAUUUUGGAGAUGAAAACACAUUAAUGAGGUGAUACCAGUUGCUCUGGUGCCCCCACUGGCUGCCAAGUGAAUGACAGCGGGCAGCUGUGAAAACACAGGACUGAACUUAGCCUGAGUGACCAUUGACCUUUGACUUUUCUACCAAGUCAACGAUGUUUCAGUCGUUAAAUCAAGGCAGACCAAAUUCAAUGGCUGUUUUAAUUGUGGCCACAAUAAAAACCUUAUAUUUCUUUGAAAAGAAAACCCCCAAAAGAUAUUUGCAGUUUGUUUGCAUUCCGGUAUUUAUAAAAUGACAACCUUUUAUUUUAUUUAAACCUUUCCCUUAAGAUCUGAUCCUACACCUGUGCAGAAACUAAAAUAAUAAUAAUAAAAACAUGUUUAGAAGUAUAAAAAUAUGGUUCGGUCAGUUCAUCAUAUUUAUGGCCUUGUGUCAGCUUUUGUAAAUAAGUACAUUUUUAACGCUUCUAGUGAGACUAAACAAUUACAGCUUUGAAUGUAGAAAGGAAACAAUGACUUGUAUAUUCUUGAAUUCUGGAAUUCUCUUCUAUAUUCAACUCUAGCAAGAUGUUAAUAAUCCCACUCUAUGUGGAGCACUUUAUUUAUUUAUUUCAAUUUAAUAAAGCACUCAGAAAAGAAAUAAGCAUUAGUCGAAGCAAUACAAACAUUUUUAAUUGACUUUUACCCCCCAAAACAAAGUGCUGCAACUGUUGGUUUCCUUAUGUGCGUAACACACCCAAAAGCAGAUUUGGAAGUAUUUGUAAUUCACGUUUUAUAUUUCCAAUAAAUGUU